CACAUAUAUACGUAUCACUAAACACACACACUCAUGUCAUAUCUCUGGUCCUCAUCUAUAUAAAUAUAUCAUUAAUUGUUUAUAUAUAUAAUAACUCGCCCUCGGAUUUUCUUUGCCACCACCAUUCCAUAUUUUCCAUCUCCCUUUUUUCAUCUCUCUCUCUCUCUCUCUAAAGUAAAGCUCAAAAGCAACAGGCAUGGGUGGCGCCGACGAGGAGUGGGUCAAAGCCGCCAUGACAGACGACACGAUGGUGGUGGAGCUCCUGGUGCGCCUCCACGGCGCCGUGGCGGCGGCGGCGCCACCGCCGCCGUCGGCUUUCCCACUGGAGUGGAGCGUCCGCCAGAGGCGGUCAAGGUCCGUCACGAAGAAGCUAGCUCGAGCUAGCCCCAGCACGCCGCUGUGGUGGAGCGGCGGCACCUCCCUCAGCGGGGGAUCUGGCGGCGCUGGUGCCGGUGGCUCCGAGGAGUCGAGCCGCCCACACAGCCAGAAACUCUGCGCCGACGCGAGAUCUAAGCUCAAUGGCAAUAGUGAGAAAGCCGUCUCAAAGAGGUCAAGAAAGAAGAAGACCUUAACGGAACUAAAAGACGAAGAGAACUCAUUGCUAAAGGAGAGAAGAGACUUGAAGAGGGGAAUUGCUGCGUUACGUGUAAAUUUGGAGAAACAAAUAGCUAAAAAUGAGAACUUGAAGAGAAUAAAGAUUGAGUUGCAGCCCCAACUUGAUAGAGAAGCGGCAUCUGCAACCGAGGAAUCAGUUUCAGACAACCGGCUGCAUCCAGCCGGUCACCCCAUCACGCCACCACUAAUCCCAGACAAUGCUGUGGCACUAGAAUCAAAUGACUGCCCAAAAGAUACCACAUCCAGUCCUGCUUUCGUGCUUCCCGAUCUAAAUAUGCCCUUCGAGGACCCCUGCCCUGAUAUAGUCUGUGGCAUCAGCUAAACCGAGCAGUAAGACUCUACUCCCCUACUAAGCCAGACCAAAAAUAUAACAAGUGACACCUAUACUAAAUAAGGGCUAACCUUGCUUUAGGACAAAGUUUAAUGUAACUGUAUGAUAGUGCCAAUCAACCAAUACAUGUUUGACCAACGUUUUAUAAGUGUCUUGUAGUAGUUAGGAUCUAUUCUUUUCUUUUUUCUUUUUUUGGUUAACUUAUGACUGAAAAGUGCUGAGGGUUAGUUUAGAGAUCACAACUCGUGUUACGCAGCCAUUUUUUUUUUUUUUUUUUCGUUUCUGUAAUUUCCUUUACUGCUGUGUAGAACAUCCACGUCCCCUGUCUCCGCUCCAUCUAAAGGAGAUGAGAUGUAAACAUCUCAUGUAAUAGUUAGAUAUGCAUAGGUUGUCUUUUCCUAGGCAACACUUUGGGGCAGAUUACUCACUUAUGUUGUCUUUACUAAUGAGAUCGUAGCCCUCUUGAAGUAAAAUUUAGAUCCAAGAGAGAUGUAUAUGGUUGGACAAGAAUAUUUUCAAUUUGUAGCUCUUUUUCUUUACUCAAA